GGACGUUUACUUGAGCGGUGCUAGGACCACGCGGAAGAGAGACGGACUUUAAAACCAACAGAGGGAGGGUUCAUUGUGGGUAGAAUUUGAACUAAGUUCCUCUUAAAAAUAUUCUUACCUGUAGCGGUUUAUAUUUUAUAUAUUUAAAAAAACCGCUUUAAGAUUUAAAAAAACAAAUCUCAGUUUAACGGGGCAUCGGUUGUUGUGUACAUGUCCUCUUUCUCUUUUCCCCCGUGAUCUUCCUGAAAACACCUGCGUGCGUGAUUCAGGUAACUCUCUGGUGAAGAGGGAAGUUCCUUCCUGGGCACUGAGCGGCGAAAAGUUUGUCCUCAAGGAUGUGUUCCAGUCGAGGUUUGUGCGGCGACAACAAUCGUACCAACAGAUCCUCGAGCUCAGAGGGCAGCGGCUCAGGCGCUCACUAUGCCCUGUGUGCCCUGGGAGUGGGACUCAUCGCCCUGGGUAUUGUCAUGAUUGUAUGGACUGUGAUACCGCGGGACGGAGAAGACCCGAACGGCUCCCCCACCUCGUCAGGCAACUCCACCGGUAGCCCUGGCAGCGAUGAUGCAAAUGAGGAGGCCGACGAGAACACGAAAUCUUCAACAGUGGCUAUGGUGCUGGUUGGAGUUGGGGCAGCCAUAUUGCUUUUAUCCAUUUUCCUCGGUGUGAGGAGCAAAAGGAGACAACGCAACGCAAGCAGCCAGCCAGCAGCAACAGGAGUCCCCCUCAUGAACCAUGUGCCAGGACGGCAGGAGGAAGCAGCUGCAGACCGAACUACAUUCAACGUGCCGAGCUACGAGGAAGUCGUUGGCAGUGAUGACUACCCCGUCCGCAACAGCAAUCUUCGCAGUAGCACCUCCCAGCUGCCAUCCUACGAGGACAUCAUAGCUGCUGUGGAAAACGAGGGAACAGGGCCCACUGACCACCCAACGGAGGAAGUCCCUCUUAAUGGUGCCGCAGAAGCUCCGACUGAACCUGCCGCUGACCCUCCUGGCCUUAAAUCAAACCCCAGCUUGCCCACCCGCAGCACCAGCCGGGCCAGCCGUUUACUGAGGCCACUCCGAGUGAGGAGGAUCAAGUCAGACAAACUGCACCUGAAGGACUUUCGCCUCCAAAUCCGCACCCCCACACAAAAUCCAGUGACCAUUGAACCCAUCACGCCGCCACCGCAGUAUGACAAUGAGGUGCCUGAAUUAGGCUAGUGUCUCUCGCUUAUUGCCGUCUCCCGAUGAAUAAAAAUAUCUCUGUGUUAAAUUGACUAAUGAUAACAUUUCUGAGAACCCAUCUUCAAGGUUGGUAUUAAGUAGGUUAAAUGUGGCUGCGAGCGAUGGAGGCCGUGCAGCGGACACACUCCUGAAAUAAAAACAUUGUCCUUAUCACUGACUGUGGGGUCGGCAUAUUUAUUCUGUUAUAAAGCAUAAUUAAGUUUGUGUGAAAGGAUCAGCUGUCAAAGUUGAGUUUCUGUUUUAGACGCCAUGCAGGGGUUUCUGUCAAACCUGUAUUUCAGUUUUAUUUAAAAGCUAUUUGUGUGUUGAAAUGGACAAUAUCCUGAACUCUUAUAUAUGUUUUUCAUCUAAUAGCAACAUUAAGAAUUCCUGGUAUGUUGAUAAUGAUUACAUUUGGAAAAAGUUUAAACCAUAUUGUUGUGAUUCAAAAAGGGGAAACUAAAUGCCUGGGAGAUUUUAAAGUGGUAUUAAGCGUCAUAAGCAUUAGAUGUGCAACCUUUAUGGGAUUUGUAACUCUGAAGAAAAUGCACUGAAGACCAACAUGUAAGAUGUAUUAGAUGUUUGUGAGAGCUUUUUCUGUGUAGGUUGUUUUUAAGUCUAUCGUCUUAAUCAAACUGGUUCUUAAAACCAUUGUGAACUGUAAAAUACUGGAAACACUGAGAACAAUUAUAAUCUAGUGCAACAGUAACCGGAGGAAAACAAUUGGAAGUUCUGCUAUGGGAUGUGAUAUUAACAAUUAAACAUGCUUUGCUUUAUAGGACUUUUAUAAGUGUUUCGAUGUUUAAACUAUGCAGUAUAAUGUUUUUAAAAAGUGGUGAAUAAAUGUUUUUCUAUUUCAUUAUGUCAAGAUUUUAUAUUUUUGUCACUCAAACACACAAAUGAAAGUAAUUGUUCAUUAUUAUUAUUAUGAUGUUCCCUGCUGUAAGUUUGAUAAAGCUGUAUUUAUUUUUGAAAGAGAUGAAUAUUGUCUUUGUACUUUCAGUUAAUAAAAUGUAACUGUAGA